CGCGGUGGUGGACUGGGUUGGGGUAGAGCUCAUGGAAAACACGGUUUACUUAGUGACGAGAAUUGAGUGGCGUGCAGAUGAAAACGGGGAAUGGAACCCAGACUCACGGGGACAUGUGCGUGUGGAGGGUCGGUUGCAUGUGUCGGAAGACGGGUGGCGGGCGUUCGGAGUCCCGUUGGCAUCAGGGGAAGAUCCGUUAAGUAUGUUCGAGGGAUCAUGGCAACUAGUGUGGCAGGCGGGGUUCGAAUUCGCAGACCCGGAACUUGAUGAUGUGACCGCCAACCUUAGAGUAGCCAUGGUCGGAAGCUUCGAGCUGCCCAGUGAAAACGUCCAGAUGAGAUUGCCGUCAUUUUUGCUAGAGAGGUUAGGCGGCGUGGAGCUUGUCAGGAGGGUUGUGGCUGACCUCGCCAACCUGGCGUUUGAGGACGCGAUGAUUCACCAAGAGUAUUACCGGGCCUUUCUAGAAAUGGGGCCAUUCAGUGGAGAACAGAGGUAUGAGGUGUUGCGGAUCAUGCGUGUUGUGUUUACCACCAAGCCAAGAACUCCGGUUGUUAGCGAUGAGGUCCUAUGGGGCGUUGCUGGGGAAAAGCAGGGGGAUAGCAAGGAAGAAGAAGGGACCAGUCCGGCUGGUGAAGCAGGUAGCUCUGAGGGAGGUCUUAAGAAAAUAGUAGUUACCCUCACCCGGUCUCUAAAUAAGAAUCAGGGGUAUCUGGCCGAUGCCAAGAAGAAACUCACUUUUGAUGGGGCGAACAUCACGGAGUUCAUGAUAGACUAUGAGAACCUGGCAGCCUUGUUGAAAUGGAGUGAGGAAGAGAAAAUGCACCAUUUGGGGCAGCAUGUGUCACUGAGUCUGGGUGGAGACAUUAUUGCCAUCGUCGCCACUAGUGGAUCUUGGAAGGAAACCAGAAACGAGAUGAUGAGGAAGUACCUAAAGGCGGAGAAGAUGGCAACAGAAGCCGAGUUGGCGGCAGUCCAAAGGAAGAACUAUGCCACUUACAAUGACUUCCUAAGGGCGUUUACUCUAGUGGCACUACGAAUCCCCAGGGUAACAGACCGGAUAAUGAGUAAGUAUUUCCUCAGGCAUUUCUCCAAAUUCGACAAAGAUCAAAUUCUUUCAGCUUACCAGCAGACUAGCAAGUUCGAGUACACUAAGGAUGUGGACUUCAGCACGGUAACAGUCCUCGCAGAAAAGACAGUGGUGACCGAUACGCUAACCCUGCUUAAGGAAGGAGAGGUUAUAAACUUGACUGGGAAGACGGGGGAUAAGGUCAAGAAGGGGAUAGAGAGCCUGCACGAACGAGUGCACGGGGUUGACAGCAAGAUGGAAAGAAUGGAAAAUGUGCUAUUAGUAAUGCAGGCGCGGGUGUCCCGACCCGCCCGCCCUCCCCAAGAGGCCGUAGUUCCGGCAGCGGUAGCGAACCGGGGGUAUGGCGGAAGGGAUCUGGCCAAUGAACAAUGCAAGUAUUGCACAAUGGUCGGACAUUUCGUGCGGACCUGCCCAAGACUCAACCAUGAUAUCAUGAGACAAAGAUGCAGCAGGUCCCUUAAGGGUGAGAUUCUCGGACCCCAGGGAGAGCGCGUAAAUUGGAAUUUGCCAGGAGGGAUGCGGCGUGCCGUCAUCAUCCUGAGUAACUUGGAUAUAGCCGCCGUAGAAGCACAACCGGUAGCCGAUAUUGUCUGGGACCAACCGAGGGGACGUGGACCACAAGCCAAUUUCAUCCUAGAAGGCAAUGGGCAGGAUAGGGUAAACAUCACCACCCGACGGGCCGGUGCGGAAAAGAAGCUUAUUCGAGAUACAGUAAUAGAAGAAGUCGUAGGGACUAGCGAAGAUCAAGGGGAAACCGAGACCGAAAAGCCGGAAAAGGUCUACGAAAAAGUCAGGGAGGAGGAGCCGGUAGACAAAGCAGUGGCGACAAAGAAAAAAUUCAGAUACCAAAUUCCGAUUUUGACCGUGCCGAAAGUAGACGGUACACUGAGCAAACUGUUAGGUACCAUGGUAUCGGUAUCCUUUCAGACCAUGUUACAAGCAAGUCCGAGACUGCUUAAGAGUCUUAGGCAACUGUUAACGCGCAGGCGCGUGGAGGUGGAGGAGGCCCCGGAACCGCAGGAGCAGGAGACGGAAGAGGCAGAGGCACCCCAAGGCGUCUCCAACCUCCAAAGGAUUCCUGGGGAUUUGAAGGACCUGGAAAAGGCCUUUGCAGACAUCCGCCUAAGCCUACCGGACCGAGAAGGGGGUGAAGUCAUGAGGGCGUCACCCGGGACAAAGCUUAGCUUCCAUGCAUUGCCCGUAGGAAAGCUGAAAAUCCAAAUCAGAACCCACCACACAGAUGCAUUAGUGGACGGCGGUGCAUAAAUUACCUCAUACGACGGGACUUUGCAACAAUUACCGACUGCAUCGUAAACAAGGAAGUGACGGGGAGUAUCCGGGGAGCUGGCGGGGAGAUUCCCUUUGCAGGGUACGUUACGAAAUGCGCAGUCAGGGCGGGGAUCAGGGAAUCAAUUUGGUCCUUCCAG